ACAAUGCAGUUGAGAGUCGUGCCGUGCGGUUGUACCGUCUAGUUGGUGUUCUCUCGGUUGAAUCCCAAAAGAAUUUUUUUUUGGGUACAGUGUGGUGUCCUCUUUGGGGAGAACUCUGUGUGUGCAUUUUUGCGCAGUUUUCAUCCUUUUAGGGAGGAUUUUUCUCUUAUCGUGAACUUUUAGGAAAUUUUUGUGAAUUUUUUUUGCUCAAGACUGAUAUUGAAAUUUUGUGAGCUUCGAAGGAUUUUUUUGAACUUGAAAAUUAAUUGAGAAUUUAAUUGUUGAAAGGAGAAUUGCUUAAAACACAGACUGAUUUUCUUUUAUAAAUAAUUUUUGUGUCUUUGUGGAGUUUUUUGUGAGGGAGGAUUUUUUUGGGACAAUUGCAAGAAGGUUUUUUUACGCGGAUUAGCAGCACAAAAGUGAUUAACAGACUGAGGCAAAGAUCAGAAUUUUUCUUAUCAAUAUCUUCAUGGAAUUUCUUAAUUGCUGAGCUCUAGAAAAACUAGCUAAACAGUCGGCUUUCAAAAAGGGGCCACACCAAGCACCUGCCUGAGAGCUUUUCACCCCCACACACACAAAAAGGGCUUCUCAUACAAGGAAUUGCCUGAGAAAUUGCCAUCAUAAUGCAAAAGCUACGAAAACAAACUACACUCAUCAUUCCAAACACCUAAAAAGCUCAAAUGGGAAUUGGAAUUUAUAUCAGAAGGAACGCACAUUUUGAGAAGACUGAUGUUGGAGAUUUAAGAAGUUGCUCGAAGGGGAUACAAACGAAACAUAAAUCAAUUGCAAAUCAAUCACGAAAAUGUCCAUCACAGGUUCACUUGUUGGAUAUGAGAAUAACAAUGAGAUUAGUGGCAAGAAGAAUCGUUCACUGCUCAACAUAUCGGGAUCUACGAAGCAAUGUCCAAGUCUGAAUUCUAGCAUAAGCAACAGUGUUAUUACGUCAUCUAGUGCUAGCACCGCAGCCAAGCAUCCAAAUCCAGCGUUGAUGGAGAGGAAGACGACGAAUAGGAGACGCUUCCAUUUCAACUCGCUCUGGUCCAUUUGGUAUGGAAUUCUCAUGACACUGAUGACGGGCUAUCUCGCCAUUCAGGGUGCUCAUCGAUUUCUCGUUUGUUCACUGUUACAAUGGAAAUUGGAUGCACCGUCCGUUGAGUUGAAUAUACAAAUUAUUUUAUGCGGUUUCGUCUUCCUCAUUCUACCCAUCUUCUUCAUCACAACGAUCUUUAAGAUCGGAAAUCUCGCCAAUGAUGGCAUCAAAUUGGCAAGUGGAGCUGGAAAGUGUUCAGCAGAACCACCAGAUGGUCUCGAAGAGGAAGCAAAAGGUGGUACACUGAGGGCACUAUGGACACAUGGGGGACCAACUUCGGCAUUCUUGCACGUUGUUGCCGCACUCGCCCUCCUUAUACCACGUCUCCUACUCGAAGCACGCAUGAUUGAGAAUGGAUUAUUACCAAAAGAACACAUUUGGCGCACUGAAUUGGAUUUUAUGGUAACGCAUCGGGAUCGAUUAGUCAUCCUGUCGUUUAUGACGUCCCCAUAUCAGAAUGCUACACCGAAUGGUGAGUCAUCAUUAAUCACGGGCACUGCAGGUGGUGGAGCCCUUACGGAAGAGUAUCACGGGGGUGGAACAACUUACGACGCCGAUGCGCACUUGAUUGAGAAAUUUGGGACAAUUGACGACGAUGAGGAGGAGUUCUUUGAGCAUCAUGAGCCAGUUGUGACGACGGUGGCAGCGGAAAUUCCGGAAGAACGGCAUCCGGUGACGUAUCAAUCCACACCGGUGGUGGAGAGUACACCUGGUGGACGACGAGGUGGUCGCAAUCGGGGAAAUCAUAGAUCUUCAUCGAGAAGGGUGAAUAAUGACCCUGAGAAUAAUUCAUACCGUGCCAGGAAGCAAAAAGGCAGCAGCAGCAACACACGAAGGGGAGAAAAUCUCGAUGAUGUUGAUGUGAAUUUGGAGCUGAGACCUGAGAAGGGUGUACCAUUUGAGAGGCUAAACAACUACGAUGGUACGGUGUUUGAGGUGAGUCGCAAUGGGCGGAAGCAAUUAAUUCGGCCCACAAGACAACCAGAGUUUACAUCACGUCGCACCAAGGAUAGCAGUAUCCACAUUGUACGGCCGGAAAAGCUGCCCGAUGGAUACCUCCCAUCAACCCCAAUGACGGCAAAUUCCAAAAUUAUUGAAAUUAAGGCAAAUACAGCAAAAAAUGCCUCGAGAAGAGCCAAGAGAUCCUCCCGGCAUCCAAAUAAUGUUGUAAUUGAGCCAUCGGCACUCAUUGGAGCCAUUCCCCUGAAUGUAACAAUUGCCGAAGAUGGUGGAGGACCAAUUGUUACCUUCCUGCAGAAGCUUUUUGGCAUGCAGCUUGGCAAGGAGAGUUCAGAUCCGCAAAAAUGGAUUUCCCUCCCAAGUUUGGAAUUCCUAAAUCUCGCCAUAGCCAUUAUGAUUUGGUCAGUACGCUACCCUGCUGUCUUCUGGGGAACAUCCAAAUCCUUUGCAAUAAUCUUCAGUUUUCAAAUGCUCGCAAAUGGUUGCACCAUCCUCUUGGACUUUGUUGGUUGCUCCGUGCUGUACAAGAUUGAAAUAAUGGAGCCACCACCACCACUCAAAACACCCGGAUUGCUCCUAAAUGAUACAGUGACAGUGUCACUGUUUACUCUCUCAACAAUACUCAUCAUGUCAUCAUCUCUCGUGCUGUACCUCUAUGGGCAUGGGAAGUUGGCAACAAAGAUGCGCGAGAGGAAGGUGAUCUCAACCAAGAGUGGUGAUACUUGGUCGUACUUUGCCCACUGCGCAUCCCUUUGCUUUGUCCUGGCCCUUUCAGUGGUCAAAGCACCCAUUCUUCAUGAUCUCAGUGCUACCUACAAGGGUAGCUUAGACAGGGUUGUUCUUGUUUCUGCUCUUGCAUCGGUGGUUCAUCUCUUCCUGUGGGUUAUGCUGUGGCUAAUGUUGACGGCAAAGCGUCGUUGGGCCUUCAAAUUGCCACCACUUGAACACAUUGCGGGGGCUAAGGGUGCCACGGAGCCCCUCUUGAUGGCCUCUCAUCGUGGCGGGAGUGUCAUGGCGGGUGCCCCGGGGCAGAGUUUACUCGCCACCAGCGGCGGGGGGAAUUGUGGGGCAAAUGGUGGCGAAGAGACCAUCUACUGGCCAAAGCUCACACCAAGUUCACCAAAGCUCAAAGUCACCUUCAAUGAAGUACCGAGUACGUCACCCCCGCAGAAUGUGGGUGGUGAACACGACGGCAAGCGCAAUAAGGCCCGUGGAGCCACGGUAUGUGUCCCCCCUCUUACGGGGGAGGCUGAUGACGGAGAUUACGCCACCCUGAGAGGCCCCACAGGGGAUCUCCUCCACUUGAGCGAUCUCACAGCUCAAGAUAUUGUAGAUGAUAAUACGUCCGAAGAGGGCAAGUUGCUGGAGAGUGUACGAGAUGACAGCGUAACGUAUGCUUCCACGAGAGACUUGGAGCCUCCUGUGGAGCAGAUGGUUAGUCCUCUUGCUCCAGUAACAGUCACAGUUCACACCAAUGAAGCUCACAUAACAUCGAGCUCAACACCUCGAUGCCUGAGACGUGCAGACUCAGGUGUUCCAAAUGAGGCCCUCACACCCCGUUCAGACACAACAUCCACCGAAGAGUCCGCCUCACCGCCCGAUCGUGCGCCCUCGGAGACCUCCAGUGGGGUCCAUUCGGGUGAGGAGCGUGAUCUCUCAGAAGUUACCAUCAGACCACGUCCUGGUUCAGCCAAAGUAGCCACCAAACCCAUUCCACCGGCAAUUGAGGAGGAGCCCUUCAGUCGUUCCACCAACAUGCGAAUGUCCAGCUUUGCAGCCGAUGGCCUACGCACAAGUAGUGCAACACUCCCCCUAACACGAGCCAUUUCGGAGCCACCAAUGAUGGAGUACCCGCACUGCAGUACAAUGCCCCUCCCUGUGGGAUGCCAUCAGCAAAUUCAGAAUCUCCGUCAGCACUCCAUCACACCCAAUUCACAGUCAAAGACCCAACUGAUGCACACAACCCUCCCGAAUGGAAUUCGGCAGUUUACGACGCAAAAUCAAUUCCUCAUGCGGCGCCUUCCGCACGUCCGGACGGCUGAGUCCCCAUAUGGGAUUCUGGGACUCGGGAGUGGGCAUCACACCUUCUCGAAGCUCCUCCAUGAACCCCUAACGGUGAUGCCAAUCCCGGAAGAUAGGGAUUCAGCCAAUUACUCCAUUAUCUCUGAGCAGGAUAUCUACAUCACCCACUAGGGAACGGUUUUGCGGAAAAUUAAUAAAUUGUGGAAUUCCUGAGACCUCCACUAGAAUCUCUAUUUUGAACCUCAAAAGGGCUUCUGCUUUUGGGAAUCCAUUGAGGUAAGUUUGGGGCAUUUAAUUUAGCUGCGAGAUGCUCUUGUUUGUUUUUUUUUUCUUGAAAAAUUAAAUCAGGAUUAAGGGAUCGAUUCUGAUAAAAAUCUUUUAUUGUUUAACAACUUAAAAGAUUUGUGAGAUUUUUAUAGAAUUUAUUAUCCCAGAAAACAAUCAGAAAGAUCUUUAGAGAUUUUUCCCAGAAUAUCAAAAAUUUUAUAACUGUUAAAAUUUUUAUCAGAAUCCACUCCAAAGGUUCAUAAAGUAGAUUAGAAAUUAAUUCAAUUUAAUUGAUUUUAUUUAAUAGUUUUUCAUUAAAAAAAAACAUCAUUAAACAAUAGAGAAAAAGAUAUAAGAAUUUCCUUUAAAAAUUUUUGGGGAAAAAGAUUUGGAAAAUACUUUUUUUUUAAGUAAAUCCGAAUUACAAAACAUCAGAUAAAUAAUUUUUUAAAGUUUUAAAAAAGAAAGUUAAACUGUACAAAAAAAAUUGGAGGAAUUUUCUUUAAAAAUCUUUAGGGAGGAAGUUUUAAAAAUAAUUGAAAGAAAAAAACAUUAAAUAGAAACUUCUAAAGUCUUUAAAAAAAGCGUUAAAUUCAAACUGAAAAAUUGGAGGAAUUUUCUUCGAGAAUCUUUGAGGAAAAAGAGGAAAAUCAUGCAAAAAUUCUUCCUCGAAAAGAUCUAAAAAACAAAGAACUUUAAAAAAAAAUCAAUGAGCAUCUAUCAGCUGCAUUAACUAGGUAGGAGCCUACGAACCCCCUCCCUCUAAAAAUAAACGAUUCACUGCCCUUUUAUUGUAAAAAAAAAAAAAACAAAAAAGAAAUUAAUUCAAUCCAUCAGGAAGGAAAUGAAAGUCCUUUCGCAACUUUACAUUAGCGCAAAAACUUAUUUAAAAAAAAAAGUAUAUUAAAGCAAAAUCUAUCUUAUAAAAUAUUUUUAAGAAAAUAGAAACUAUUGUAGAAAGAUUAUGAGAGAAUUUGAGACAAAAAGAAAAUUUUUUUUUGGAAUUUUCCAAUCAAAUUUCAAAGAAUUGAAGGGAAAUUUCAAUGAAAAAGAAUUUGCAAAAAAAAAGAAUUUCAAAUGAUCUUUGAAAACAAAAAUCUAAAAACUAUCUUCGCUUAGAACCACCCCACCUUGUGACUCUAAAUAACUGCUUUUUAUAAGACUUUUUAGAAGGAAGAAAAAGAAAUGAAAACUUUUUUCACUAAACUACGCUUCUACGGCUUACUAAACUGCUUGUAAAUAGAUUUAAAACAAAAUUGUGAAGGGUAUUCAGUAAAAGAAUUUAGAAGAAAAAAAAACAACAAUGUUAAGCCAAAAAAUAUUUUUAAAAAAACAUCAAAGAGGAUUUAUUGUGGAAAGAUUUUUUUUUAAUAAUUGUUUUGAGAUUUGCAAGAUUUUAACAAAAUUCUUUUAAAAAGUUCUGAUGAAUUUUUUUUUAUUAAGAAAUAUUCCUAAAAAAAAUUAAGAAGUUUUGUUUCUAUUGAAAAUCUUUUUUUUUUUUAGACUAAAAACAAGUGAUCAAGAUUAUUUUUUUGCAAUAAAUUCUCUUUGAUAGAAAGCUGCAAAAUAGAAAUUGAAAGAAAAUAAAUUACAAAUUCACAAAAAAUAACAUAAAAUAUUCAUAUACACACCACACACCCUCUAUAAAUCUAUUUACUUUAGAUAUACAUACAAUAUAUACCUAUAUAUACUGCCUAGCUGAUGAUAUAUAUAUCACACAAGGCCCCAAAAAGAAAAAUUUUAUCACAGAAAAUAGAAAAAAAAAACAUAUUUAAAAAGAAAAUUAAUCUGAAUGUCAAAAAAAUGAAAAGAAACGCUGGAACCACUUUUAAGCAUAUCCCCGAGGAACCAUAUCUAAGCUUACACGGUAUUUAGCAUAAUGAAGUAAAAAAAAAAACAAAAUAUGUAUAUGAACGCACGCAUUAUUUGCAAAUAAAUAAACAAGAAAGAUUUAUAAGAAAAAAAUUUUUAUAUCGCAUUUUGAGCUGCAUUUUUAUGAUGAAAAAAUAAACCUUUUUAGAUGAAUCUUUUGUAGUUGGAGCAUUUUCUACAAUUUUUUCUAUUUUUCCACGAUAUAUUGAAAAACGCAAAUUGUUGCAAAAUAAGAAUAAAAAAACGCAACAGUUAAAAUGUAAGAGAAAAUAAAACUGAAGAUAAAAAAAACCAAAAGACAAUAGAUAUUGAUGAAAAAUGAGGAUUUUUUAAAUUAAAGAAAAAAAACGGUGGAAAAGAAUUUACAGUGUUUUUUAUUAAUUAUUAUGUGUUAACUAAUAUAAAUUGAAAAGAAAAUUAAUUGUAAAUAUUUUUUUUGUAGUAUUUCUAAUUUAUGAUAAAAAAAACAUUAAGAAUCUUAUCACAAUCCCUCGAGAAAGCUGCAAAAGACUGAUUAGAAAAUAUUGUUUUCUCUCAUUUCUUUAAAGCAAUUUCAGACAAACAAUAAAAUUUAUUAUUAUUUCAGACGAAUUUUGAAAUAAAAUUAAGAAAAAAAACAAAAAAACAUUUUUUUAAAGAAAGCUAUUUGGCAAUUAUCCGUUUGCAAAAACAAAAUACUGCCAAUAAAUUCAAAUGAAGGAAUCUUUUUAAAAACGCAUUUUUAUGUGUUGAAAAAUAAAUAUUUGUACAGGAUACCAUAAAAUAUGUAUAAGAAUAAGAUAAAUUAAAUUAAAAAAAAUAUUAUUAAAAUAUACAAAAAAAUGAUGAAGUAGGAAAUAUUAAUAAUUAAUACAUGUAUGUAAAACCUCUGUAUUGACGAUUAACUUAAAUGUUUUGUAUAUUUAAAUAAAUUAUUACAAAAUAUAAAAAUGUUUUCUUCU